AUGACUCCCAAAAUGAUCGCUGAAAGUGUCCACUCAAUAAGUCCUCGAAUGAAGGUAGCUCAGAGAAAGGAAGCGAUUGAACUCAGAAAGUCUCUUAAACCACUGAUGGAAAAACGAAGGCGAGGUCGUAUCAAUGACAGCCUCAGUAAGCUAAAGACGCUUAUAGUUCCUCUGGUCGGCAAAGAUAUUUCACGCUAUUCAAAGCUCGAGAAAGCCGAUGUUCUUGAAAUGACAGUCAGAUUUCUCAGCGAGCUCCCCUCCACGCCAGUUAAAAGCCAAGCAGAGAGUUACAGUGAAGGUUACAAAGCGUGUCUGCAGAGCGUCUCAGCGCUCCUGUCGCAAACCAGCCUCAAUAGAGAAACCUGCCAGCGCAUAACCAAGUUCAUUCAACAGUCGAUGGUCUCCGACGCACCGGCGUGCCAGAACUGCUGCGCCCAGAGCUCCAGCAUCUCCUCGCCAAUACACCAGCAACUCCUCAGACUGAAAUGUAACAUCUUCCGUAUCCAGAACGACUCCAACAGUAUCGCGCAACUGCCAACCCGUCUCCAGUCUUCGCCGCAUGUCGACAGUCAAAAUAUGUGGAGACCUUGGUAG